UCUGUCUCCAAAUGCACGGAAUAAAUAUUUAAGCCGCAACUGACUCCCUCUGCGGGACGCGUCCGCCGGCGCGCCAUCUUGCCUGUUACGCACGAGAUCGGCAUGGGCAUUUAAGCACAGGUGGAUGUUAAUGAACCCACUUUGGGUUUGACGCCACGCGUGCUCUUGAGAUGGAAAAACCUCUCGAUCAUAUCAAGAGACCCAUGAACGCUUUUAUGGUGUGGUCCAGAGGCCAGCGGCGGAAAAUGGCCCAGGAAAACCCCAAGAUGCACAACUCGGAGAUCAGCAAGAGGCUGGGCGCGGAGUGGAAGUUGCUGCCCGACGCGGACAAGCGGCCGUACAUCGACGAGGCGAAGAGGCUGCGCGUGCAGCACAUGAGGGAGCACCCCGACUACAAAUACAGACCGCGGCGCAAACCCAGGAGCUCCGCGAAACGGGACCGCUUCGUCUUCCCCCUGCCUUUCUUCGGAGACGCGGCGGAGACUUGGAAAGGCUUUCCCGCCGACUCGUUCCUCGCGGAGAAGUCCUGCAGGGCUUUGCUACCCCUCGCGUCGUCGUCCCCGUAUCCGCUUUUCGACCCGGUUGCUCAGUUCGGCUCCGGAGCCGUCCAGCGUCUCUCGGAAGUACCCAUGGCGGCCGGUGCCGUGCCCUACGCGCACGCGUUCGGGUUUCAGACCGGGACGAUGGGGAGCCUGGGGUGCCCCGGUCAGCAUCCGCCCCCCGCUAGCCCGGGAUACGUGGUGCCGUGUAACUGUAACGCCUGGCCCGCGGCCGGUCUACAACCCCACGUCGCCUAUAUCCUCUUCCCGGGCGGGAUGAGCAAGACGGGGAUGGACUCGUACACUUCACCAAGCUCCAACGCGUAACGAAGUCCACUCGGACGUGGCAUUGACUUGACUGGGGGCAAAGACUGGGCGGAAGAUUGCCCCUCUGUGUCCGAGUUGUAGUUGUUCAUAUAUCAUGUGUAAACGUAGCCUACUGCCAAGUGAAGAAGUGGGGCAAACUUCCUCGUGUCUCCGUGGAGUCGUUGCUGUUGGGACACAGUGAUGCUCCGUGUUAGUGAAACUGGUUUAGGAUCACCUCCAACACUGUUUAGUGGGGCAGCUCAGAACUUUAUCAACAUCCACAUGGUGAGAAAUCAAGAGACUGAAGCUUUAGGCUGGAUUCCACCAAAGUGUAUU